UCAAACCCUUUGAAAUCUGUUUCUCGCUCUAUGUAUGUAAAUUGACUGGCCACCACCGGCUUCUGACUAGGUUCUCGAAUCCCACCUGAAGACUGGACUCUAGCUUCAAAAAUCUCUCCCUUCUCCAUUCGACGCUAGCUUUUUAGGGUUUCCAGUUCAUUCUACUGCAAUCUUCUUCACACUCUUCAAAGCUAAGAUGGAGCUAUCAAAGCCAGGAGACAUUUCUGCAGCGCCAUCCAGCAUCCUAAUCAAACGAAAGCGCGGUCGCCCUCGUAAAGACCGUAGCCAAAUCCGAGCUAGAACUGGAGUUCGAACAGGGUUACAAGGGCGUAACAAUAUCCAAUCUCAUCCGAAAGAAUCAUCUGAAGUUGCUAAUGACAGCAUUGUUGGGCUUACAGUUACUGGUGUAGUUGAGGCUGCAUUUGACGCCGGUUAUAUGCUGAAAGUGAGAAUUGGAGACUCAGAUAUCAGCCUUAGGGGUGUCGUCUUUAAGCCAGGGCAUUAUGUUCCUAUAUCAACUGAGAAUGAUGUUGCUCCAAAUGUUCAGAUGAUUCAAAGAACAGAGAUUCCUCUCCAAAAGGUCAGGAAAGUUCGUCGGUCAAAAGGCAGCAGGAGGAAGAAAGAUGGAGAUUACAAUGGAAACAACAUGUCUAGUUUCUUGAAUGAAGACUUUGAACAGUCUAAUAAACAUGUGCCUGGAAAAUCCAUAACCACCGUGGUAACAUACUCGGCUCCUCCUGUUGGUUCAAGAGGUACUUUUGUGCCUGUUGUUCUCAAGCCUAUGAAUUUGACAAAUGGUGUGUCUCCUUCCCAACAAAUACCAAUAGUGGCAUCUCCACUUAAAACUUCGAACAGUUCCAGCCAGCCGAUGCAGGAAGAGACUGAGGACAUGAAUGAGCCUUUGUUUGUUGAGCCCUUGCAAACUAUACAUUCUGGUUUUAACAAUCAAACUGCUCCUAUUUCAAGACCUACUGAAAAAAGAGAGAUGGGCAGAAUGUCGGAGCUGUUAGAGGUUUUGAACGAGAAGUUGACAGAGUGACGUAAUGUAGCAUGAUAAGUUGUUUUUGUCUUGAAACUAUGUAUAGCAUACCGCAGGCUAUGUUAGGAUCGGAUCACUGCAACAGUAACCAAAAUUUAAUCAAUCGUUCUUUGUUUAAGGCUUUGGAACUAAUUAAGGUUAGACUUUUCUGCUUUUCUCCUAACAUCAGUUUUAUAUAU